AUGGGCUGCUCCCGGAGAAAAGGCAAAGCCAAACCCACCGGUUGCAGCCCAGAGCGCGGAGCCCGCCCGCACCCACUCCCCGCCGGCCCGCCCCUAACGACGGCGCCAGGAGGGCGAGCCCUGCCGAGGCGAAAUCGGAAAGGGGCCGACGCGUGCAUACCUGCGGUAACCCUCCCCGCUUUCCAUCUGUUGCCACAGACGCGGGCUGAGGGACGAACGGGCUCGUCCCCCUCGUCCCGUCUGCCGCCUGCCUCUCCUCAGCCGCCUGCCUCUCCUCAGCCGCCUCUCAGGCGGCGCCCGCCGCCCAUCAGCCGCCCCGAGCCGCGCCUCAGGCGACGCCCAUCACCGCCCGGCUCGCGGAGGAGCCUCUCCCGCAGCCGCUACCCGGCGGCAGGUCCCCGAGCCCUGCCGCCUGGCUCUCGAGGGAGCCUUUCCCGCAUGGCGAUCACCCAGCCUCGGCGGGGGCUGUCGGGGAGCCCCUCAGCUCCAUACCUGUCUGGGCCGCCGCGGGCGGGCGGGGUGUCUGCGGGAGAAGGAGCCUCGUCCCUCCUCAUCCCCGGCGCGGCAGCGGGCAGCUGGCUUUGUUACUACUCGGAAGAGCCGCGGAUCAGCGCCGUCGCUAUAGAAACUAGCUGCGCUUCGAAGCGAGUGGCGGGAGGGAGGCGGGAACCGGGAGGAGUUGUGGGGUGA